UGGAACUGGCUAAGUCUAGCAAAACAGCCUCAGAGGGCAGAGUACUGGCUUCCUGUUACUCACUACAUAUGAGCAAAUGAGUCUUCCCUUUUGCUCAAUGAAGAAUGGUGGCCUUAAUAAUGGUCACAUCUUUAUUGCUGCUCUCCUGUGUUCCUGACUCAUGCGGUAAAAAAGUCAGUUUCAGUACUAUAUUCAACUGCAAAGGCCGCAUGAUGCAUGCUUCGAUCCCAGAAAUUCAGGAUGGAGAUGACUCCACAUGUUUUGUCAUGCACCGUUGCUCAACUACACUAUACAAUGUACGCACUCUAAGGGUCACGCUCAACGAUGCUUCCAACAUCUCUCUGAUAAGGAUAGCGGCUGAGCCUCAGCCAGACACUGUGUAUUACUUGCCAUUGAAUGGACAACCUUUCAUUAUGGGGCCUAACAGCACCACAGGAAAUGUGCAGGAAUACGAAGUGCAACCAGGUGCUCAGAUACAUUCCCUGGAUAUCAUGAGCAAUGGAAAAGUUUGUGAAGUGACAAUGUUUGACACAGAACAUGAAACUGAAGCUGCUACUACUACUACUGAAGUAGAAGAUACUCAAAAGGGGGAAGAGAAUGGUAUAAAUUUGGCAUUAUACAUUGGUGUGCCAACAGCUGCAGUGUUCCUCCUUUCAAUCAUCGUGCUUCUUGUGUGUCUCAAAAGACGUAACACAGCUGAUAAAACCAACAGAAAAGACAAUAAGCGCGAAGUCCCUUUCACAGAUGAAGAUGGGACAAAGAGGAGUGGUGCCACUAUGUACCUGAGAGAAAACGCAAAACUGGAUCACGUCAGAGUGCCCGUCAUAUACGAAGAAAUUCGUCCAAUUUCAACAGCAAGCAGCCACGAAUACAUGCGCAUCCUCUGGGAUCGUGGUGACAACGGCUGACUGAAGAGACCUGCACCCUGCCAGCUAUCUCUAUACCAAAGUAAUGGGGCCAAAUGUUAAUAAUACAAAGUGAAACUAGCCUAACAGCAUGAUUGAAUUUUCACUGAUCGAGUGGAUCAACCCCGGCUUGCUUUUGCAUUUAAUUACACGGUGGUCAGAUGUAGCACGUCACUGUGAGAGGUCUGUACUAGAUUUUGUUGUCGUGAUGAAUGAAUUUUUGUUCUCCCCCUUGCCUGCCAGUACAAGACACUGAUGUUGCCACAACGUGUAUGAAGCUACCAUUAUUGCUGCAUAGCUUACGUUAUAUAUUAUUGACAUCUGUAAAAAGUGUUGCCCAAUUAAUACAAAUGCCUAGUACACAGUUAUCAUAUUAUUCUAGGUAGUAGUGUAGUGCAUUGAUUAAUUAUCAAACACAACGAGUAUUAUUUUGAGCAACGUACGUUGACACAUAUGUUUUGGGUCUUCCAACACUCUUCAUCUUUCAUGUCUGAAAAUGUCCGUGCAGUAAUGAAGAUUGAGUAGAGAGGUUCUCUACUGUUUCAAGUGCAAAUGUUCAAAUUGCCUGUGAUAUUAGGGGCUUUUGCUUAGUCACUGUGUACAAAGCCAGCAUGUGGGUAACGUUAUAGUAAUGCAAAGCAUGAUAAAUAGUUACUACAGCAUUCUGUGUGCACUUCACUUUUUUGCUGUUUUCUUUUUAUUCCUUUUUUGGCAGUGCAGUUACUUGGAAGACAAAAUGUGACCCUUUUUGCAUCACACCUGUUGAUUUAAAACAGUUCCUAUGCAAUAGUAGCUCAAAAUGUAAAAUAAAAAUGUAAAUUCAAGACCA